AUGUCAAACCUGGCCGUGGCCCAGGGCAUCAUCGUCCUCAUCGGCGUCCUCGUCUACGCCCUCUUCUUCCGCAAAAAGACCGAAGCUCUCCCCCCUCUACCCCCCGGCCCAGCUCCCCUCCCCAUCCUCGGCAACAUCAAAGAUGCCCCGCCGCCAGGAAAGCCAGAAUACGAGCACUGGAACACCUUCAAGGACAGAUACGGCCCCAUCAGCUCCGUCACCACGCUGGGCCAGACGAUAGUCCUCCUCUUCGACGAGGAUGUCGUCACCGAGGUCUUGGAAAAGGGCUCGGUCAAAACUGCCGGCCGACCCAUGAUGCCAUUCGCGGCCAUGUGUGGCCACGAUCGGUUCUUUGCCCUGCUGCAGUAUGCCGACAGGUUUCGUCUGUAUCGGAAAGUCGUUCACCAGCAGCUUGGAACGAAGCAGCUCGCGGCUCAGUAUGCGGAUAUCCAAGAUGUUGAGUCGAAGCGCUUUCUGUGGCGAGUUUUGAGGGAUCCUGAUCACUUGUUUCAGCACAUCAAAACUGAGGCAGCCGCCAUCAUCCUAAAGAUUACAUAUGGCUAUACGAUUGAGCUGGAAAAGCCCGAUCCGCUGGUAGGUCUCAUCGAACGGGUCAUGGCCGGUUUCUCGGACGCCGUAGUUCCCUUCUCAUGGGCAGUCGACAUCAUCCCUGCCCUGGCCUAUCUGCCCGACUGGUUCCCAGGCGCAGGCUUCAAGCGGAUUGCCCGCGAACAGAGAGCCAUAAUGGACGCCUCUGCUGACAUCCCUUACAACUUUGUCCUGAAGCAGAUGAGCAACGGCACCAACCAGGAAUCCUUCGUCUCUAGGCUCGUCACUGCUUACAGGAAUGAGGGCAAGCCUGCGGAUGAUAUGAUAUUUGACCAUAUCAAGUGGGUCGCGCAGAAUGUUUAUGCUGGCGGUGCGGAUACGACUGUGUCGAGCCUCACGUCGUUUAUCCUAGGCAUGGUCCUGCAUCCGGAUGUGCAGCAGAAAGCCCAGGAAGAAAUCGACCGAGUCGUAGGGCUCGAUCGCCUCCCCUCAGACAGCGACCGGGAGAACCUCCCCUACGUCGACGGCGUAGCCAUAGAAGACAUGGUCGUCCGAGGCUAUCGCAUCCCAAAGGGCGCAUACCUCCUCCCCGCCAUCUGGUGGCUCCUGCACGACCCAGAGAGAUAUCCCGAGCCUAUGCGGUUCGCGCCCGAGCGCUACAUGGAACCUCGAAACGAGCCGGAUCCAGCAUGUCAUGCGUUCGGCUAUGGGCGGCGGGUAUGUCCCGGUAGGUUCCUUGCGCAGGACAAUCUCUUCACAACCAUUGCACGGACAUUGGCGGUGUUUACGAUCGGCAAAGCGGUGCGUGAUGGAAGGCCGGUUGAUGUCGAGUGGAAGCAUACACCGGGCUUGAUAGACCAUCCGGUCGAGUUCCCGUACAGUAUCGUACCAAGGAGUGAAAAGCAUGCUGAGAUGAUUCGGAGAGUUGAGGUGGAGCACCCCUGGAAGGGGAGUAGCAUCGCAGAGGCUCUGCAAGGAGUUCAGACAGUCUGA